CUCAGACUGACUUGGAUGUGACCCUCGGGUUUCUGGCAAUGCUCAAAACAGGGAUUGCAUUGUAGUAAAACAGAGAAACAUUUUCAGAGAAGGUUUCAAUUCAGAGAAUUUAGAGGCAGGGCGGAGAACAGAAAGCAGAAGCACUCACCCUUCUUGGAGCCAGGGGUUAAAAAGUGUGAAGACGGGCAAAUCUUUUUCUAGCUUCAGAACAGCACAGUGCAUUUCCGGAGAUAAAGCUUGUGCACUAAUAAACUUUCCAGUUGCCACAAGCUGCCUCGUUUUUGUUACAGGAGACCCACGCAGCUACUCCUCUCCAAAUUGCUGAUCACAGGCCUAGGAGACUUCCAGAACCAUGGAGACCCCGCUGCCUAUCUGCUUCCUUUCAGUCUUCAUUGUUACAGGGGCUUCUCUGGAAUGCGAGACUUGUGCAGGCGUUGGGAAUACCUGCAAUGGACCUAUGGAAACAUGCUCUCCUGGUUUUGACAUGUGUGCUGUUACUCUGUCGGAGGCCAGACUGGGAAUGAAGAUGAACUCUGUUGUGAAACACUGCGUGCAAUCCAAAUCUUGCAAUGAUGGCACCUCCAUCAUCAAUUUGGGCAAGACAGGAGGACUACUGAGCCAAGUGUUCUGCUGCGUUGGAGCCGAGUGCAAGACAAUGACCCCUACCUUGACACCCACAAGAAGCAAACCAAAUGGGAACUUUUGCCCAGCCUGCUACGCUAUGAACAGUGAAUGUGAGGAGGAAUUGGUUCAAUGUAAUGGAGAGGAGAACUACUGCCUUGAUGUUUCUGGAACUACAGACCUAGGUACAUUAGCUGUUAAGACCACCAUGAAGGGCUGUACCAACUCUCCAACCUGUGAGGAACUGAAAGAACAUUCCGGCUCUAUAUCUGGGAUCACUGUUACUUCCUCUAGCAGUUGCAGGCCAGCUGGCACCACCUCUGGAGGCCACAGGAUCGUUCCAGGAUCAUUUGGACUCUUCCUUGCAGCCCUUGCUGGCCUCCAGUUUGUGAUGCACCUCCCAUGAUUUCGCCACCUAAGGUGUCUGGCUUGAGGAAUUCCUUGCUGCCGCUUGCUUGCUUGCUUGCUUGCAUAUGCAGACUAUAGGCUUUCCAGAGCUCUCACUGACCUCAGCAAACACCAGGGAUAGGGCACCAAAUAUGGGCCUUCUAGACCUCUUUACGUGGCCCUCACCAACUUUGCUCCCUAACUUUGAGUGUUUUUGUCUGUCUGGAAUGAACUUAGCUCAGAUACAGCCGCAACACGCGGCUAAUAAGUAUGGUAAAUGUAUGAUUAGUUGUAGUUAGAAUAUAAUCCAAAAUUUACAAUUCAUAAACAUCAUUAUAUAAUGUAUGUAUAAGUCCAUAAACAAGAAAUAAUCAGCGUAAUGAAUUGCUGUCAGGCAACAGAAUGCCUUUCAAUAGAUAAUGUCCAACAGUAUUGUACUGGUGGGUGCCCCUGCGUGUAGAAUUCAAUAAUGAACAGCAAGCAAGCAGAACAGUGUUUCCGGAUUAAAUGAACUGUUUCGAAGAUUAAUCUUCGUCAGCUACUAAUAAAAUUAAAUACAUUUCAUACAAUGUAUGAAAACAAAAAUAACAGUGACCAACCUGAAUAUUAGAUAAUAAAUAAAAAAUGAACAAAUGUGGA